AUGGAUGUCUUCUGGCGGGCACCUCCCGUGGCCAGGACACUCACUGCAGCGGCCCUCAUCGAGUCACUGCUGUUCUGGGGUAGGCUCAUCACGGGCAGAUACAUUUUCUUUGUCCCCCGCAAAAUCUUCUGGCACCUACCUCCGCAGGUCUGGCGAUUGGCAACCUGCUUCUUGCUGACUGGGCCGGACUUGGAGUUCGUCUUUGAUCUGUACAAUCUAUGGCGCUACAGCAGUGCCCUUGAGAGUCAGUCGGGUCGCUUCUCCAAGCCUGGAGACUUCUUCAUCUACAUCCUGUUCGUAGGCACCGUCAUUCUGCUUACCGCAGGCUUCUAUAUGGGCUAUAGCUCUUUCCUUCCUGCCCUGAUUAUGGCCUUGGUCUGGACCUUCGCCCAGGAUAAACGUGGCACCCGCGUGAGAUUCUUCGUCAUUGAUAUCCCAGUGAUCUACUUGCCUGGUGCUAUGUUGUGUAUCACCAUGGUGCGUGGUGGGUGGCCUGCGAUGUUGUUGGAAUUGACCGGUAUUUUCGGUGCUCAUCUCUACGACUUCAUCACCCGCCUCUACCCGACCUUCGGAGGUGGCCGAAACUUCAUCUCCACCCCCCGCUUCGUGCAGCGAUUCUUCUACAAGAAUACACCAAGGGCUGGAUAUCGUGGAUAUGGCACGGCUUAUCAUCAACCGGAACCAUCCGCUUCGUCUGUCCCCCAGAGUCGGACCUCUGGUACUGACGCUGGAGACACUUGGGCGGGCGCUAAACCUGAUCGGGCACUGGAGCUGCCGCACUCGCAAAAUUUCGUUCCGUCGAACAAAUUUUUGGACCUCAACAGCAUACUAACCACCAAGAUGGCCGCCGUCAACAACAUGGAGGUGGACUACACCAUCAAGCCCGAGGCGCUCGUUCCGACUCAGUCCAGCGAGGACUGGCCCCUCCUGCUCAAGAACUACGAGAAACUGCUCGUUCGCACCGGCCACUUCACUCCUAUCCCUGCCGGUGCUUCUCCUCUGAAGCGUGACCUCAAGUCCUAUGUCAGCUCCGGUGUUAUCAACCUGGACAAGCCCUCCAACCCUUCCUCCCACGAGGUUGUCGCGUGGAUGAAGCGCAUCCUCAGAUCCGAGAAGACCGGUCACAGUGGUACUCUCGACCCCAAGGUCACUGGUUGCUUGAUUGUCUGCAUUGACCGUGCCACCCGUCUCGUCAAGUCCCAGCAGGGUGCCGGUAAGGAGUACGUGUGCGUGAUCCGUCUGCACGACAAGAUCCCCGGUGGCGAGGCUCAGUUCCGCCGCGCCCUGGAGACCCUCACUGGUGCUCUUUUCCAGCGUCCUCCCCUGAUCUCGGCCGUCAAGCGUCAGCUCCGUAUCCGUACCAUCCACGAAAGCAAGCUGUACGAGUUCGACAAUGAGCGCCACCUCGGUGUCUUCUGGGUCAGCUGUGAGGCUGGUACCUACAUCCGUACUCUCUGUGUUCACCUGGGUCUGCUGCUCGGUGUUGGUGCUCACAUGCAGGAGCUGCGCCGUGUCCGCAGUGGUGCUAUGAGCGAGGAGAGCGGCAUGGUUACUCUUCACGACGUCCUGGACGCCCAGUGGAUCUAUGACAACCAGCGUGACGAAUCCUACCUCCGCCGUGUCAUCAAGCCUCUGGAGAGCCUGCUCACCACCUACAAGCGUAUUGUCGUCAAGGACAGCGCUGUUAACGCCGUCUGCUACGGUGCCAAGCUCAUGAUUCCUGGUCUCCUCCGUUUCGAGUCCGGAAUUGAGGUCAACGAGGAGGUCGUCCUCAUGACUACCAAGGGUGAGGCCAUUGCCAUUGGUAUCGCUCAGAUGUCCACCGUCGAGCUCACCACCUGCGACCACGGUGUUGUCGCCAAGGUCAAGCGCUGCAUCAUGGAGCGUGACCUGUACCCCCGCCGCUGGGGUCUGGGCCCUAUUGCCCUGGAGAAGAAGAAGCUCAAGUCCGCCGGCAAGCUCGACAAGUACGGUCGCGCUAACGAGGCCACCCCCUCCAAGUGGAAGAGCGAGUACAAGGACUACAACGCCCCUCUUGACGGCACCGAGGAGCACGCUGCUGCCGCUGCCCAGCCCGAGACCCCCGCCUCUGCUCCCGCCGAGGAGGCCGAGUCCCCCAACACCGAGGCUGAGGCCGAGGCUGAUGACGACAAGAAGAAGCGCAAGCGCCACGAGGGCGAGACCGCCGAGGAGAAGGCUGAGCGCAAGCGCAAGAAGAAGGAGAAGAAGGAAAAGAAGGAGCGCCGAAAGUCCAAGCAGGCUGAGGACAGCGAUGAUAGCGACUAG